AUGUCUCGCAUUCUCCUGCCAGAGCAACACCUCUUCCUCGCCGUGCUCGCCUUCUUCUUCCUCGUCUCGCUGCUGCAGCUGCGAGUGACAUGGGUGGAGAAGCUCAGCGCCCUGGACCUGCCACCCGAGGGCUUUGCCACCCUUGCAAAGACAGGAGAGGACGCAGAGCAGGUGCGGCAGCAGCUGGCUGCAGGCAUGGAGGGGGUGGCGCGGGAGGUGGGGCAGCUGCGCCAGGCCAGCAGCAAAGCAGCGGGGGACGCAGCGCAGGUGCUGAGGGAGGGGCAGGAGGGGCUGCAGCAGCUACAGGCGGAGAUUAAAGAGCUUAAAGCCCACGUGCGCCGGCAGGGGGAGGAGUUGUCUCAUCAGAUGGUGGCCCUGGCUCGGCUGCAGUAUGAUGUGGCAGUGGUGCUGUGCACACUCGACAGCGCCACCAAGGCAGCAGGCGGCUACUUGAAGGCGAGGAUAGAGCAGGAAAUACUGUUCCCGUACAGGGAGGAGGAGAAUCAGCCACUGGAAGCGCCAUCCCCUCUCCCAUUGAACGUGGCAGCGUGCGUCACCCCCAUCCACGACACCAUCGACGCCAGGAGGCUUCUAGAGUGGCUGCACUUCCACCGGGUCCUCCUCCCAGUGGACCGCUUCCUGCUCUAUGAUGCGGGGGGCAUCGCAGGCAACGGGGAGGCGGGGCCGGCACACAAGGAGAUGCAGCGGGUGCUGGCGCCGCGGGUGAAGCGUGGCAUGGUGGACGUGAUGUGGAGAUUCAGAGAGGUGCUGCAGUGGGACGUUUGGAACUAUGGCGAGCAUCUCGCCAUCCAGGACUGCAUAUACUGGACACGCAACGCCGCCCGCUGGCUGCUCGUGUCCAGCAUCGAUGACUACCUCCAAAUCCCGCCGCCCCUCUCGCUGCCAGCACUGCUACAGGAGCACGAGUCUCUCCCAUGGCUGACCUUUGGCGCUACAGCCUUCAAUGGCUCCUUUUACGUCUACAGCGCCAGCCAAUGCCUGGACGAGGAGGGCUCACGCCGCUACAUCCUCGACCCGCGCCGGGUUAUCACUGCCACAGCCAAUAGCGUCGCGUCAUCCCGCCCGGGAAUCAACCUCCCCGUGGAGAUUGCCAGGCUGGCGCGCUUCCCUGAUAUCAGCCAAUCAGGGUUCGCCACGUGUACACUGGGCGAGCCGAGUGACAGUUGGUGGGAGAAGGAGGAGGGGGUGGCUGCGCUGGCAGAGGCGGCGAGGAGGUGCCCAGCUUUAAAGCCAUGGACAAAAUGGGCGUCUGCUGAGGUUAGUUGA